AUGGAGCACGGUGGAACUUUGUCACUGGAAUGGAAUUCAUUUCACGGAGUUUCAACUGAAGAAGAAGCUGAUUUCAUGGCUCAACUGCUAGCAGGGAACUAUUCAUCAUCAUGUCAGAACGAUCAAGACCCGUGUCUUACAUUGAGUACUCCGUCGUCAAUGUGGCCUAGUCAUGAAACCAGCAGCAUGGCAGGACAUGUACAUGGGCAUGAUCAAACUUCUUAUUAUUGUUCAGAGAAUAAUACUGUUAACUCUGGUCAUCAUGUAUAUUAUUAUUCGCAAGAAAAUAACUACAAUGGCCGCACUAAUAUUUUUCUCCCGACUCCCGGUCAUCAUGAAAGCUAUAAUUUAAACGAGUCUGAUCCAAAUAUGGAGACUGAUAUUAGUUGUCUCUCUAUGAAUUUUUGUACAAUGAAUCAGCAGAAUAGUUGUACUUCAUCGCAUAAAACGUCGUACCCUGACAAUGUAAUUGAAGAACCUGUCUGCAUGAAACUAGAAAUGAAUAGUUAUAGUUUGAAAGAUCCUCGUGAAAACCAUGCAGAGCAUGCCAUUGUUUCGGAUAGGAAAAUUCUGCAGAAGCGGAAAUCGGAGAGUUUGGAACCAGAAGCAACCACAGAAGACGAUAACAAUAACAAUACCGAGUCAUUACCAAGCCCGAAGAAGAAGUCUCGGUCUUCAUUGCAGGUUCCAAAAAACAAGAGGAAUACAAAUGCAAAGAAGAACCAAAAGGCUAGUAAGGAGGAGGAAGAGGAAGAGACAGAUGCUGGUUUGAAUAAGCAUAGCUCUAGUUGUUCCGGCUCUGAAGAUGAAUCCAACGCUCCUCAGGAACCAAAUGGAGGUUCAGUUUCAAAAACCUCCAAAAAGUCCGGUGCACUCAAUUUGAGUGGUAAAACGAGAGCCAGUAGAGGAUCGGCUACCGACCCUCAAAGCCUCUAUGCAAGGAAACGAAGAGAAAGAAUCAAUGAAAGACUAAGAAUCUUGCAGAACCUGGUACCUAAUGGAACCAAGGUUGAUAUCAGUACAAUGCUCGAAGAAGCUGUUGAAUAUGUCAAGUUUUUGCAACUUCAGAUCAAGCUUUUAAGCUCAGAUGAUCUUUGGAUGUAUGCACCAAUUGCUUAUAACGGAAUGGAUAUUGGACUCGACCGAAGCAGGCAUCCUGCAGCUGCACUCCUAUGAUUUGUUAAGACACCUGAGAUGCUGCAAGCGACGAUCUUAAUAUAUCUCCAUUCCAAUUUUCUAGGGACUCAUUUUACAAAAUGCUU